AUGCGACAAAAGUUCGUCGGACGUCGCGGAGUUCCUCAGAAACUAUACUGCGACAACGCAACGAACUUCGUGGGCGCCAACACACGGCUUCAAGAUCUCGCCAAGCAACUGCAGGACGACGACAAGCGGAGCGAAAUUGGCGCGUUCGCAGUCGAGCGCGGCAUGGAAUUCGCCUUCAUACCCCCACGCGCACCUCACUUCGGCGGGCUAUGGGGGGCAGCCGUCAAGAGCGCCAAACAUCUUCUUAUGCGCGUCGUCGGCGACAAUACCCUUACCUUCGAGGAGUUGGCCACCGUCUUGGUCGACGUGGAGGCAAUAAUGAAUUCCCGCCCACUCGUAGGAGCAACAGACAACCCCAACGACGCCGAGGCAAUAACCCCAGCCCAUCUCUUAAUAGGGGAUUCUCUCAUGGCCGAGCCCGAACCCCACGUUUCAACCGAGAAGCUAUGCUAUUUAGAUCGUUAG